AGCCUAUUGUUUCAGACAACAGAUAUAAGUUGCGAUGGAAGAGGAACGUCGGAUUUGGUGUCUGUCCCCCAUUUCCAAUUAUAGAUGGAUCAUUACAGACAGAGAAGUACUGAGAAUCCAGACAUCUGCUCUUCACAUGAAUGCACUCACCUCCUAGAGAACAGCCUGCCAUCAUGCUCUGGAAACUGGUUGAAAAUGUCAAGUAUGAAGAUAUCUAUGAGGACCGGCAUGAUGGAGUGCCCAGCCACAGUUCCAGGCUGUCCCAGCUGGGAUCCGUCUCCCAGGGACCCUACUCCAGCGCUCCUCCGCUCUCUCACACCCCAUCCUCGGAUUUCCAGCCGCCUUAUUUCCCACCCCCCUACCAGCCUCUUCCUUACCACCAAAGCCAGGACCCUUACUCCCAUGUCAAUGACCCCUACUCCCUAAACCCCUUGCAUCAACCCCAGCAGCACCCCUGGGGACAGAGGCAGAGGCAAGAGGUGGGAUCAGAAACCGGGUCACUGCUGCCACAGCCUCGGGCCGCCCUGCCCCAGCUCUCGGGACUGGACCCCAGGCGGGACUACCACUCAGUACGGAGGCCAGAUGUCCUCCUGCACUCAGCUCACCAUGGCCUUGACUCCGGCAUGGGGGACAGCCUUUCUCUGCAUGGCAUCGGACACCCAGGGAUGGAGGAGGUCCAGUCAGUUGAAGAUGCCAAUAACAGCGGUAUGAACUUAUUGGACCAGUCUGUCAUUAAAAAAGAAAGGCGCUGUCCGUUGUACAAAAGGCAUCGGGGGGCUCUGGGUGAGACACAGGCUCAAACCCGAAAGUUGCCAGUUCCAGUUCCUCCAAAAUCUGUUACUUCUUUGAUGAUGAAUAAAGAUGGCUUCCUGGGUGGAAUAUCAGUCAAUACCGGAGAGGUGUUUUGCUCGGUACCUGGCCGCUUGUCUUUGCUUAGUUCAACUUCAAAGUACAAAGUAACUGUGGGAGAAGUUCAAAGACGCCUUUCUCCUCCUGAGUGUCUGAAUGCAUCCCUCCUAGGAGGAGUACUUAGAAGAGCCAAAUCGAAAAACGGGGGCAGAUCUUUGCGAGAAAGGCUAGAAAAAAUCGGUUUGAAUUUACCAGCCGGCAGGCGUAAGGCCGCAAAUGUCACUUUACUCACCUCCCUGGUGGAAGGUGAGGCCGUUCAUUUAGCUCGGGAUUUUGGGUACAUCUGCGAAACGGAGUUCCCAGCCAAAGCUGUUUCGGAGUACCUGAACAGACAGCACACGGACCCCAGCGACCUCCACUCCAGGAAAAACAUGCUGCUUGCUACAAAGCAACUUUGUAAAGAAUUUACAGAUCUCUUGGCCCAGGACAGGACGCCCAUUGGAAACAGCCGGCCCACCCCUAUUUUGGAACCGGGCAUUCAGAGCUGCUUGACUCACUUCAGCCUCAUCACUCACGGCUUUGGGGCCCCCGCUAUCUGCGCUGCCCUCACGGCCCUUCAGAACUACCUGACUGAAGCGCUCAAAGGCAUGGACAAGAUGUUCUUGAACAACAACACUGCUAACAGGCACACAUCUGGCGAAGGACCAGGUAGUAAAACUGGAGACAAGGAAGAGAAACACAGAAAAUGAGAGAGAGAGAGAGAGAGAGGGGAAAAAAAAAAAGACAGGAAAAGAAAAAAGUUAAGUAAAUAAAAGGAGAAAAGAGAGAGAUAAUCUUUUAAAACAAAACCGUCUUAAUUUUAGCUUUAAAAAUACUGGAUUGGGCUUUGGAAGAAUUCUAUUAGGUAGGACAAAAUAAUAAUAAUAAUAAAAUCAUAAAAGAAAGACAAUAAUUUAAGAUCAGAGGAGCACAAUGGCGCAAGACCAGUGGUUCAGAGUCUCUUGCCAGGAACAUGUGAAGACAACCACCAGGAUUUUUUUCCCACUUCUGUUCUUUCACAUUUUUUAAAUAAUGAUUUGGGGGGGAGGGAAAUAUAAUAAUAAUUAUUAAUAAUAAUAAUAAAAAAAGACAUGAAUAACUUAUUGGAAGAAAUCGGAGAAACAUUUUUGGUGUCAGUGCUUUGAUUUCUUGAGCUGCACAGUCUGUCUUGCUAUUAUUUUUAUUUUGUUCUCUUUUAUUUUUUUCAAUUGAAUGAUGUCCUGUCUCCACCCUAGCUAAAAUGAUCUUCCAGAGCGUUCCUUUCUGAGCAACCCCAUUGCCUCAUUCACCUCAGCUCUUCCCAUCUCAUCUCACCACCCUGGUUCUGUCUAGACUAGGAAAGGAGGGGAGGCGAGCACCCAGACCUCUCACAAAGUCAUCAACACCAGCCAGUUCAAGCUGCGUUUGUGGCAGCAUCUUAACGUUAGAUGCCAUUAGAUAGGAAGUUUCAAGUCGUCAUAGCUCGGUUGAAUUAGCUAACUCUAUUUUUUAAGAUUUUUUUUAUUUUUCCUGGUCUAGACAGACUCUGUUUAGAUUACCAGCGUUUACAGGUGUGUAUGGGCGUGUGUGUGCCUAUGUGUGUGCAUAUGUGUAUGCACAUACAUAACUUGAUAGGGGUGCGUGUGUAUCCUAUGUAUGUUUGUAUAUAUAUAUGAAUAUAUAUGGAUAUAUACAUAUAUAUAUAAAAUAUGUGUGCGCAGUCACACAUAUUCAUGCAUGCAAACAUACCUUUGUAAAUUAGUACUUUGACAGUAAAAUGCCUUGUUUAUAAUGGGUUGCAAAAUUUGAAAGUAAGGUCUGGUAAAAUGUCAACACUAUCUGAGUUCUUAAUUUUCUGA